AUGGGGAUUCUGCGGCGCAUUGCAGGCGACUCGCCGCCAAAAGCUUCGGACCCACUUGAGGUGGCAGGGGAAGGGACAGAUCCCACCCCAGAUGACGCAGACAACAGUGACAUCGCUGACAAGGCAGGUGAAAGUUCUCUUUCUACGAAGUACUGUGGGAAAAAGUCCCGAGUGAUUAAGGCUGUAAUUGCUGCUGUUGCAGUGAUAGUGGUGUGUGGGGCUCGUUACAUUAUGUCAGGAAGGUCAAUAUCGUACCUGAAGACGUCAAAGUUGGGACUAGAGGAUGUGUCACAGCCGUCCCUGGACGAUGUGUCACAGCCGUCACUGGACGAUGUGUCACAGCCGUCACUGGACGAUACGUCACAGCUACCACUGGACGAUAAUUACAUGGACGACUUCAAUGAAGCAGCAGAGGAGAUAGAAGCGUAUUCCCCCUCAGAAUUGGCCGUGAGUCAAGCUUUUCAACUACACUUCACACCGUCGCUUGAGGAUGGUCAAAGUCUCCUGGGAGACCCUCUGACGGUCAUCAAAGACCACGUUGCCAAGAUGCGAGAAUGCACAGUUCCACCUGCUUCUUCUCUGCAGGCACGGCUGGACUUCGCGCAACACUUGCAGCUAUUACGCAGCAUUUGCCGCACAGUGGCUCUUCGCUUCAAGGAUUUGGAAGUGUUCAACACUGUGAAUCAGAAAUUAGACGUGGCGAAUCCUUUUCUUGUUUCUGGCGGCGGCGAGGAUUAUAAUAACAGUGAUGCUCCUCUAAACUUUCAAGAAGUGACAGGACACGACUGGACAGCUUCUGAGCUCUUGGAAUUCUUCGGGCUGUCUCGGGGUGGUAAAAGACGAGUAAAUGGAACCUUAGCAAAGAAACUCAAAUUAUUGUUGGAUAUUGAGAAGAGACAUAACGACACCAACUUGAACGCCCGAUAUCAUUUCACGGCAUUUCUCCAACCGUUUGAAGGAGACGGCGUUUUCAACCCCGCUCAUGCCCCUGCCGAACACCAGAUUCCAUACACUGGAGAGCCAUUUCGUACUGGUGCUUUUGCAGAAGCAGCUGCGCAGAUAUUCGGUGAAUCCGAUGCCACUACGUACUACGCAUAUAUACGAAAGCUGAAUCGAAUUGCAGAUAAUUGGACGAACGAAGGAGUGGCGGCAGCUGUGAAGCAGCAAGAGAAGGAAAAUGCGGACAAUGCCCAAACCAGGCUGAAGACUAAGAGGGAACUUAUGCGAGGGCUGUUAAGCCAAGGCAUACCAGAGGAUGAUCUGGUAAUGAUUGCAUUGUUCCUUUUAUAG